GAAGGAAUGCUAUAAAUAAGGGUGCUACACCGACGUAAAAUCUAGUGUAACAACACUCGCACUCGGAUUCGGUUCUUGUUACAACUGCCAACCCUACACAAACACCAUGGACACUGAUGAUGACCAGAAGAUGGCCAUGCUGCGCAAGGCCUUCCAGAUGUUUGACACCACUAAGUCAGGAUACAUCGAUGUCCUGAAGAUCUCAACCAUCCUCAACACCAUGGGCCAGCUCUUCGAUGACUCUGAACUGCAGGCUCUCAUCGAUGAAAAUGACCCAGAAAACUCCGGCAAGAUUAACUUCGAUGGCUUCUGCAACAUCGCUUCCCACUUCUUGGAGGAGGAAGACGCAGAAGCUAUGCAACAGGAACUGAAAGAAGCCUUCAGGUUGUACGAUCGUGAAGGAAACGGAUACAUUACCACCUCUACUCUGAAGGAGAUCCUGGCUGCCCUUGACGACAAGCUCAGCUCAAGCGAUUUGGACGGCAUCAUCGCUGAAAUUGAUACUGACGGAUCCGGAACCGUCGACUUCGAUGAAUUCAUGGAGAUGAUGACUGGGGACUAAGCAAAUCGUCGUUCACUAUUAUUUUUAUAGUAUUAUUAUGUUUAGAUGCUAUUUUUAUUGUAUUUAAAAAUUAAGACUUUGACACUAGUACAAAACCAUAUGCGGUAUUAGCAUGGUUGUUUAAUUAAUUUGCACAUUUUACUCUAUCUUAUAGAUAGGCACUAAUUAAUUUUAAUAGUCUACAAGGGUAGGCCAGGCAUAACUCGAGUUCGUUCCAAAGAAUUAUUUCCGGAAUAAUUUACACGUAACGAAUUCUCAAACAAUUAUAUGCUAAUAUUUAUAACGCAUUGCACUUUAUUUUGAAAGUAUCCCUUUAAAAAACCUCAUGAUUAUAACGCCAAUACACGAAACAACAGUCUU